AUGGCUCAACAGAGCAUCCGGUCUAGUUCCCAUGCCGAGUCAGAUGACUCGGUAAGUUCAUACGAGGAUGAUAGUGUGUUUGACAGUGACAACGAUCACACAUCAGACAUAAAUACCAAUCCCAGCGAUAUUGACAUCGAGUUGGACGAUGCACCAUGUCUUCUGGGCGGCAGUAAUCUGCCUCCCGAAUUUUUCCUUCGCAUGCAAGAUGACUUCAAGGAAGAGGACGCGGAUGACACUGCGUAUGCCGAUGGCACAACUCGUCAACUUGAUGCGAUUGAGCGACGGUGGAACACUUACUGCAAGUACACAAAACAAGACCCUAAGUACUGCAUGCAGCACAUCUCGUUGAGUAAGAUUAAUGCAUUUUUUCACUGGCUCUUUGCUCAAAAGACUGGAGUUAAAGAAAGGAGGCUCCCCGGUAAAGAUCUUCCCAUACCCUCAAGCAGUACUGGAAGGAGUUUCGACUUGAUGCGCAGGGUCCUUCGAAAACUCGUCGUCGAUCACGGUUUGACAGGAGAGCGACGCGAAAACCGGUGCAUGACUAUCGAGGAUCUUGAGCGGCAAGCAGAAACAACUAUUAGCACGACUAGGCAGAGGUUCCACCUUGGCGAGCAUCGCAUUUACGCUCUUUUAUUCCUCCUUCUCAUCGCACCAAGUGGCUCUAGACCUAGAGCACUCCUUUUUCUAAGAUUUGGCGACCUCGAGCUUUCUUUGGCGCGUGAUCCUCAAGGCGGCCCGCACCGCAUUCUGAUUCGUUUUAGGCUUCGCUUCACGAAGACUUUCCUUGGAGAAAAAGAAACCAAUGUUUUAACUCUUCCCGAAACUAUCUUUGACUCAAGCUUGCUACUCAGUCCACAUACCCUUCUUCUUGGUCUUUUGUUCCAUCAUAAUGCAUUUGAUGCUCCAACUCUCACUUCUCCUGAGCAUUUGAGCAAGCUUGAUAUUCACCCCGACGAGCACGAGUUGCCCCUGCCUCUUAAGCAGAGUAUGAAUGACACAUUCGUCUUUCGCAGAGCUACUAAGACAGGAAUGAACGCAUACGUAUUGUCUGCAAAUGAACAGGUUACGUAUAAUAUGAUUUCCAGCUGGACAAAGAAGCUUGGCGAACUAGCCGGGUUUGGUGUUGUUGUGAUCUUAUAUACGCUUCGUUAUAACGCGGGCAACGAGUUUGACCAAUGCUCGAAUAUCAGCGAUGGACUUCGCAAUCUCAUGCUUCAACACGCCAACUCUAGAACUUUCGAGAAACAUUACCUCGGCCGUGUUGUACCUGUGGAUACUAUGGCCGUUGUAAGCCAUAAAGAGCAGCAAAAAGCGCUGAUGCGUCAAGCCUGCAGUAUCGGGUACUCAGCCAGCAAACGACGGCCUACGCAUCUGACUGCGGAGCAGUCCGCGAGCAUUAACAAUGACCCAAAAAUCCAGGAUCUACUUCGACAACGAGAACGCCUUAUUUGUAAAGGCAACAAAUCCGAUAAAAAUCGCCUACGUCUAAAGAAUAUUUCUAAAUAUAUUCAAAGUGAAAAGGCGCGCCUGCGCAGAAAGCGUAAAGAUCAGAUCAGAAAGACGUGGUCCCGGGAACAGGCUGUAACCGAUAUUGAGCGACAACUAGCUGGCAGGGCAUUUGAGGAGCCACCGGUCUCACCACCGGAUGGAGAUGCUCACCCGGCCCAGAAACGUCUAUAUGAAGCUUUAACAGCUCCAGCGACCAACACAGUCGAGUCCGAACAUCGUCGUCGUAAUAAUGCGAUUCUUAGCGUUGUAUCUUACUGUUCUGUCCAAGAACCGCCUCUGCCUCCUAUGACAAGACAGAAAGCGGUUGCGACCAGGGCAGAUACCUCAGAUUCGCACAACGAUACCACCAAAGACAAUGCAAGUAGCGCCUUGGAUGCUUUCUUUGUGUUGGUCGAGCCACCACUCUUCAGCCCUCCGAUCCAGCUAUCCCUGAGCUAA